AUCCCAGAUGUUUUCCCUCUUCUAGCAGCUGCACAUAAGACUCUUAUAUCCAAAUCAAGGGAAUCAUUGACAACACGUACGCUGCAUUCUGAGCUUGUUUACAACUACUCUGGCUCUAAGCAUAUCUCGGAAUCUUUGAAAAGAUGUGGCAUCUUGGACAACUCGCAUGACAUCCUCGUGGCUCGUUUUGGUGCUUCUACUGAUGAGAUGAUGGCUGUAGAGAAACUUAUCAAAGGUAAGGAGAUCGAUUUAGAUGAAUUGGAAGAGCGGGCAAAUCAAACCCAGAUACAAAAGCACUACAAAAUAUCUAACGUGGAACUAGGGAUAUCAUCAAUUGCUGAUGCUAUAGUUUGCCGGAUUGCUGCCCGUGAUGCUCUGUAA